AUGGUGGAACUCUUCGAUGAGUCAUGCAGGAAGAAGUUAAUAGGGAUUCUAACAGGUGCUGGCGCUGUGUAUUUACUGUACCGAGCAAUUCGGUCAGGACUAGUCACUCCACAGGAGGACGAUGAAGACCUACUCAUUGAUAAGAGUGGCAACAGUACCUUGGACAGUAUUGGUGCUGUGGGAGACCAUUUAGUUUCAUCAAAUUCUGCUUCGUCAAACUCUGUCAAGAUGAAUCUUCAGGAUCUGAAGACAGUUCUGACUAUUCUUCAUGAAAGUAAAGAUCCUGUCAUUAGAGGGACAAUCCUAACUAGCAUGUACCGCAUUCCUGGUUUUUCAAACAGCCAGGAGCUAUUCCGUUCCGAAGGUGGAAUUUCCAUCAUUGCAGAGUCACUGGAUGAUCCUCUCAAUUACAUCAAGUCUAGCGCUGUGACGGUUUUCAAUUUCCUCAGUAAUGAUCCGGUAAACCGUGAUCUGCUAGUGAAAUAUAUCCCUCAGGUUCUGAAAUUAACCACGUCAACAUUUCAAGAAUUUGAACAGUUGCCUUGUCUGAGGUUUCUCACCAAGAUGUCCCACAGCCACCAGAACCAUCUCAUGCUGAAACAUGCCAUCCCAGACUUCUUCCUCCUGCUGCAAACAGGGUCAUCCAGUAUCAAGUUCCAAGUGCUGCAGAUCCUCAUCAACUUUUCCACCAACCUGGAGCUGACGUUUGACAUGUUCAACGUGCAGAUUGAAGCAUCUUUCCUUUUCCUAUUCAACUAUUUCCAGCGUCAGGACAUUCUCAAUGAUCUCCUCUUAUUAAUAAGCAAUCUGAACGAGAUCAGGAGAAGUCUCCCCUACAGAUCAAACAAUCACGUCUAUUGCAAGGACUCACUGUUUGUCCUGUUGUUUGGUCCCAACUCUCAGUUCUCAAGCAGGCUUAUCUAUUUAAUGGCUUCCCCAGAUGACAGAAUUAAGCUGCAGGCUGCCCGGAUAGUCACAAACUUAGGGUGA